UUCAUAGCCUUUUCCGCACAGUCAAAUUUAAGAAUUCGUGUCCAUUCUGUUCUGUCACUAUUCAGCAUAUAUUUUAACUCACCAAUUUAUCAACUCACCGUCGAGAGAAAAGCAGAGGUAUAUUGACAGUUAUUAGGAUCAAGACUAUUAAAAUGGACGUGAAUGAGGAAAAUGGAGUCGCAGAAAGCUCGCCUAAAAUUUAUUUGGACUACAAUGCCACAACUCCUCUGGAACCAUCUGUCCUAACAGCAAUCCAUGAUGCUUUGCGAGAUGCUUGGGGAAAUCCUAGUAGCUCUUAUGCAGCAGGAAAGAAAGCAGGUCACGUGAUCAAAGAAGCUCGGCUUUCAGUGGCCAACAUGAUUGGUGCAUUAGAGGGUGACAUCAUUUUCACAUCAGGUGGUACUGAGGCCAACAACAUGGUGAUCCUUUCAGCACUGGAACACUUCUAUGAAUUUCAUAGAGAAAGGGAAAACCAUAUUUCUGAUAUGAAACCCCAUGUGAUAACAUCAAAUCUUGAACAUGAUUCGAUCCAACUCCCUCUCUUGCAUCUUGCAGAGCAAGGCAAGAUAGAACUGACCUUUGUCCCAGCCUCUCAAGACUCUGGAGCAGUGACGACAGAGGCAAUAUUAAAUAAAGUUAGACCAAGCACCUGUUUGGUGACUGUCAUGAUGGCAAAUAAUGAAACAGGGGUGAUUCAGCCAAUUGAAAACAUUUGCAAGGCUAUUAGGGGGUUAAUGAAGAGUCGUCUGUCUCAGGAAAUGCCCAGGAUUCUUGUCCAUACUGAUGCUGCACAAGCCAUUGGCAAAAUUAAAGUGGAUGUGAAUGACUUGGAAGUAGACUACCUCACAGUUGUGGGACACAAGUUCUAUGGACCUCGAAUUGGAGCCCUGUAUGUUAGAAAUCCAACAAGACACACCCCUAUACACCCCAUGUUUUUUGGUGGAGGACAAGAAAGGAAUUUUAGACCAGGAACAGAAAACACUGGCAUGAUUGCUGGAUUAGGGCAAGCCUCCCAGCUGGUGGUGGAAAACCUGGACCAGUACCACAAAAACAUGAAAUUGAUAAGAGACUAUCUUGAGGUCAGACUGAAGGAGAUCUUUCAAGACAAAAUUCAGGUCAAUGGGAAAUUUGAGACAAGUGAGCGAAUACCCAACACAUGCAAUGUAUCAUUUAUUGGUAUAGGACUGGAAGGAAGAAAAAUCUUGGCCACUGUUCAAAGACUGCAGGCAAGUGUUGGUGCUGCAUGUCACUCAGAUGUAGUUUCACGACCAUCUCCAAUCUUAAUUGCCAUUGGAGUCCCUCAUGACAUUGCAAUGAAUGCUCUGCGACUAAGUGUAGGACGAGACACAACCAAGGAAGAUAUUGAUGUUGUGGUGGAAGAUCUAAAGGUUGCCAUUGAAGGUCUAAGGCACAAAUAGAUCAUUAAAAAUUACCUGUGUCAUUUAAAAACUCCAUCCUGAAAAUGACUUUUGAUAUCCUCAAAUGGCUGUCGGCUGUGUGCCACUAUCACUUUGACUUAUAGAUUCCAUUUUACUGUCCAUCUGUUCUAUGAUAGAUCUCAGAAGGGGUUGAGAUAUGGAAGAAACAAAAUGUAGCACCCGAGGCGCAGCUGAGUGUGUCACUUAUGUGUUUUGCUAAUUAUUUGACUACUACUAAGUAAUUGGUGAGACUCAUUGUUCAAGUCUAAAGCCACCUUAGCAUUUAUUUUGGCAACUCUGUUUUAAAACUUGUUACAAAAUUGGUUACUAAAUUUUCAAGAAAAACUUAUUGCUUUCAAGCAGGUUCAAAACUGACUUGCGCAUCUAAAAGGUUACCUUAAAUAACUUUUAAAUACUCAGAAAACAUUUGGUAACAAAAUCAACAAGUUGUACAUUCUUAAGAAAUCAAUCCAAUACCUGAACUUAGAAAUAGCUGAAAACGAUAACUGAUAUAAGUAUACAGAUAUACAUGCUAUCUUGGAAGGAGUUUUUUGAAAUCCCCACACAAUUUCCUAAUCUAACAGCAGUAAGGAAUGGCACUCUUAAAGAAGACUGAAAAAGGUGUCUGUGAAGAUAAUAGGAUAAAAUCAUUCUGUACUCAUGAAAGUUUUUUUUCACCAAAAAACAAAAUAAUUUUCAUUAAGAAAAGAGAUGCAGGAGAUUGACUCAUUUAAUUCCUAAACUGAUGAUUUAAUUUGAUGUGAGAAAUUAAUGAUUGUAAUAAUUGAUAUAAAAUAUAUGAAAGUGCCUAUAAUUGUUUCCAUUGGUCUGUUCAAUCAAAACAGCUAACAAAAGUAAUUCCCUCACAAAAUAAAAUUUCUAGAUGCGGAACAUAUCACUAUAAUUUAUAAUGUUUGUCCUUUGAAUCACACAUUUUGAGUCAACGAUUGCUAAUUAAUUUAUACAUCCAGAGUUCUUCCAGCUCUAUUUCCCUGAGUCUUUCUUGUUCUUUUAAUUUUUGAGGUCUUCUUUCCUGGAACAAAAGUAUAUAACAACAAAUGUAAAAACCCGACGAAAUUUGAGAAACACUUCUGACAUGCUAUAUUUUACGCGUAAUAGAGAUCAUUAACCCACUAACUCCCUGAAGUGAUCAACAUGAAACUUCUCCCGAUAAUAUCCUUAUAUUGUCCUGCAAACAGCUAAUGAUAAUAUUCAAACUUAUCAGGUAGAAGUUGUUAUCCUGAUUCAACACUAAAUUCUUAUAACUAAUUUACAAGGAUAUGUGUAGCAGCUAAAGGGCAGAACUGCCAAUCAGAUUUUGGGAGUCAAUGGAUUGAUUGUCGCUCUGCGAAACAAAAUUAAAUAGAUUUCCAAUCGCUUGUUAUAUUCAGUGUUAGACUAUAUAAGGUCAAUGGAUCUCUUCUCGUUAUCAGAAAUUGGGUAGAGCCACCGUCACAUAUAAUAUAACUUAU